AUGAGUGCGGGAACAAGUCCCGUCUCACGCAAGUCUGAGGAAGCAGACGUGGUGAAACCGAGACUUCCCCCGAAUCUUCAGUUUCCAGAACGAAAUCCUUCAGAAAAAUUUGCUGAGAUGGUGUUGGAGUCUUGCGCAUUCAAGGCCGUAGCUGCGGCAAUCGCUGGUGGCGGUCUUGGCGUUGCCCUGGGACUCUUCAUCGGCGGCUUUUCAGCCGAGUUAGAUCGGGCUGUCGAAGCGCAGUCGCCGUGGCGAGAGCAGCUUCGAGCAUACGGGAAAGCGCUUGCGGCCCAGAUCCGAACGUAUUCGAAGAACUUUGCCCUCUGGGGAGCAACAUACACUAUCGCGGAGUGCUCCGUGGAGAAGUACAGGGCGCGUCACGAUCUCUGGAAUAGCCUCAUUGCCGGCUGUGCGACUGGUGCUGUGCUAGCUUCCCAGCCGCGAGCGUCCAUGAGUGCUCGAACGCGCGGCCAGCAGAUGUCGGUCGGCUGCCUGGGCGUCGCAGCGUUUAGCUGUGCCAUCGACUACUGGCUAGAGCAUCGGCACGCGUGA